AUGAGUGAGUACCAUUCCGCAAGAAUGAAGAUUUUCUUCGUACUGCUGCUUUCGGUUUGGAUUUUGGCAAGCGAGUGUGCGAUCUGGCGCUCGGCUCCACGAUUCAGGAGGAACCCUCCUGAUAGUCUACAUAAAGUGAACACUGAGGAUUCAGGGCCGAUCUAUGAUAGCAGCAUAUGGAAAGAGAGGAAGGGACCGAAGGGACCAAAGGAACCCGAAAAAUUCCCUUACCGGGGAGUGGAGUGA